AUGGCCAAGCCCACAAAGGCCAAGAAACCAAGAGGAAGGCCAAAGAAGAAGGCGGCAGCAGUUGAACAAGACGUACCUUUGGCAGAUUCCCUACCAGCUCCACCUGGGGCCGUCGAGUCUGUCACAAAACCCAAAAAGAAGCGCGGCAGGCCACGAAAAUCCGAUGCUAACGAGGAGAGUCCCAACAUUGGCCAGUCACUGUCGACCAACGAUGCUUCGUUAUCUGAGGAUGCUGUGCAGCCAGAAAAGAGGGUCAAGAUAGAGAUUGAGGAGACUGAGACCAAAGACGAUCUCGCGGAAGAAGACGAGGCCCAGGUUUCGACCAAGGGUUCAGAGAGUCCCGCAUUGAAAGAAACUGACCCUAAUCUGUCCACACGUUCCAUAUCCAGUAUUGACGAUAAUACGGCAUCUAAGAAUCCAGAUACUCCUCGUACAGCAAAGCAGGAGGAAAAACCAGAGAGAUCAACAAUAAGCAGCAGAGGCUCGACACCGUCUAAGGGAUUGUCAUCAAUCAUCAACAAACCUGUGUAUCGUGUUGGAUUGAGCAAAAAGUCGAGGAUUGCGCCUUUGUUGAAAUGCUUGCGUAAGGAGUGA